AUGGGGUGGCCAGCCUCUGCUCUGCCUGGGGUGGUGGCCUUGGGGUCUGCAGAGAGGACAUUCUGGGACCCUUCAGUGAGGGAAGGUCCCUGGGGUUUUCUGUGCUUCAUGCCCAGGGCCUGGGCAGCAACCACCCACAGUCCAGGAGAAGACCCCCGUAGCCUCUCCCUGGAGCAGCAUCCCCAGCAAGGGCUCAGACCAGGUCAGGUGGGGUGCUCAGAGCUUGUUGCCAGGGCAGCUAAGCAGCAGUUCUACCCCCAGGACACCCUGACACAGCCUCUGAAGAGGGAGGGAUGGCUGGGUUGA